CCGAACCGGAAGAAGAAACAGCAGCAGCCAGGAUGAGGAAAGCAUGGCGGGGAAAUGUGUACGAGUGAAAUCUGAAGAUGUGAAUUAACCCUAGUAUUUGUUUGUUUAUUUUUGGAAGCCAUUUUUACUCCAGAAUGGACUCACCACGGAUGGAUCGUAACCCUUCGCCACCUCCCGGCAGAGAUGACGAGACCGGCGAAGAGGACGACGCUAUCGGGGACACCGUGUACAGCAAGCACUGGCUUUUUAGCACCUUAACUCGCCUUAUACAGAUGGUGACCAAUAAGGACUCGGACCAAGGCGAGGGUCUGACCGAACUGUCUGAGGAGCUUGAGGAGGAGCUGUGUAAAGUCUGGGAUAUGGCCAUGGAUAAGGACGUGGCUGGCUUUCUACAGGAGUUCAAAACCCCAGAUAUCCUGCUGGGUGUAAUCGCUAAGUCUCGUAAUCCACGCCUUACAGAAAUCUGUGUAGGAAUUCUGGGAAAUAUGGCCUGUUUUCCUGAUACACGUGUGUUUAUUAGCCAGAACGAUGAACUAGCGGCUGUGCUGCUAUUACUAUUGGGAGACGCAGAUCCUCCGACGCUGUUAGAAACAUGCAGACUUCUCCUGACCUGUGUCUCUCAACCCGAUGUCGCCCCCUUGUGGCUACAGAGGAUACUGCAGGAGACGUCAACAUGCAGCAACCUUUGCUUCAUAAUGCGCAGUUCGACUAAUGUGGAAUUGUUGAUAAAGGUAGGAGAGCUUGUUGAUAAGCUGUUUGAUGAGGAUGAGGAGCUGAUGAAGAGCUGGCUGUCUGGGACACCCAGUGAGACUGACCAGGACAAGGACACGCAGCGGGAUGUCGCUUCUGCAUUACUGGAGGCUGCUGUACAGCUUAGGAAGGAGAGUCCGAAAGCCCUUGAAGCAUAUCUGCAUGCUCUUCAGCUCUUAACUACAGUAGAUGAAGGGUUACAGAAUCUCGUUUCAGAAGAAGGGUGUGGUGCUUCAGUAUGGAAGAUGGUGUGUGAAGUGGUAUGUGAGGAUCUGUGCCAACCAGACGACCCUCCUGUCAUCCUGCAGGAGCAGAAGGGACUCCUUGCCCCUGCCCUUGCUCUGCUAUCUGCCUUACACACAAACCUCAAGACAAACAUGAGUUCAGCAUCCGUUGCGAGUCUACUUCGCAUCCUCUACUUUGACCAUGAAAUUGAGCAUGCACAGGAGUCAGGAGACGAACCAACAGAUGGAAAGGCGGAAAAGGAAAGAGACCCCCAGCUCCAGGUGUUGGCUGAAAUAGCAGCAGAGUUACUUUCUACUUUGCUCACAGAUCUGCCCAUGGACGAUGUGUCCGAGCUGCUGAAAAUGGAUCAUCUUACAGAGAAGAUUUGGGUUGCUGCGUUAAAUGUGCUGCGUCCGCAACACAACACAUCCGUGCUGCGCUUCAUUUCCACGCUGACCAACGUGAAGCCUGAACUAGCGGACGUCAUAAAGAAGGAGUGUUCCGUCGUAUUGGAAUCAGAUUAGCCGGAGCCAACAUUAAAUGCUUCGGUUUUGGGUUUUGUUUCGUGUAUGUGAGCCUGUUGGAGCGCUUAGUGAUGAAGGAACAUCCUCUCAUCCACAUUUAGGUUUUAUACUUACAGCACAGAACUGACCUCUGAUUCUGAUAUGGACCAAAACAGAAAUUGGACUCAGACAUUUAAAAACAAUUUUUGUUGUUUUGUUUUUUGUAUUAUCGCUUGUGCGUUUGUAGUAAUAGUCACCCUAUUUAAUAAACGGAACGUUUCCUAAA